UUAAGAAUUAAAAGAAAAAAAAAAAAAAAAACCAAUUGCAUUAGAGGGAAAAACAGGGGGAAAAACAAUCGAAAGACAAGACAGCGAUGGACUAUAGUUUAGCAGCGCUGAAACUGCUAUGCGGGCAACUGAAAGAUGCUCGAGAAACUCCUUCUCAAAACGCCUUGACUCUUGGCGGCAUUCUCUUCCAACGUGCUUGGCUACAAGGCGUUUUGGUCUCAAACGACGAUGAUGAUGGCCUGCUUCUCGACGAUGGCACCGGAAUCGUCGAGCUUAGCCUCUCCGGCGAUUUCCAUACCCGUCAAUGGAAAAAGGGGAUGUAUGUAAUGGUGGUGGGUGGGUAUUUUGUCCGUACGGGUGACCUCCCUGUUAUCAAGGUUCAUAAGAUUGUUGAUCUGUCUCAGUUUCCGGACCGAGAAGCAAUGUGGUAUCUUGAAGUUUUGGAGGCUUACAAAUUGUUCUACCAGCCUCUUAUUGAAGAAUUCAUAUGAAGAAUUCAGUUCCAUGUCUCCUACUACACCCCACAAAAGGCUUGACAGCAAAUCCCUUCAAAUUUGAAGGGAUUUCUCACUUCAAAUUUUAGACUCGGCAUUGGAAUAUAAUUACAUAGCUGAGACAUGUUCUUCGUGAUUGCGAUAGAUAAAUUUUCUUGUCAUUUACUGAAGUUGAAAAAUUGCUCCAUUUUUGUCAUUAUUUGUCAUCAUGAUUUUGAAACAUCCAGAGAUUUUAAGUGCUUUCUCCCGUAUUCGUGAAUCCAUGACAGGCUUGACAUUGUAAAAUAAGAUGUGCUGUGCCCAUGUUUAGUUCCUUUUACAAACUAUGUUUUUAUGACUCUGGUUUUGACCCUUCCGUCUGCAAUAAAAUUUUUUUUCCAGGAGGAAAGGAAGUACUUUAUGGCUUCAUUGAAUUUGAAAAGCAUAGCAUAAUAUGGACAAUAAAGUUAUUCAAGAAAUAAAGCAUUCCAUCCUCUGCUUCACGUCCACCAGAAAUGUUUAAGGUCUUACACAUUCCAGUAUUGCAUUAUGCAUGAAAUACAGUAACACGUUUUUUAGCAUAAACUGAAUUUGCCAUCAGAAUCCGACAUUGAUAUCAGGUUUAUGAUAUAAUGGAUAUUAAUUCUGUGGGGCACUUUUAAGUUUUGGUGGCAAACCAACUGUUUUGACAGCCUAAAACUCCAAUGAUCAGGAAGGAAAAGUGAAGAUGUUCAAUUCUAACAUAAAGAACUAUUGAAGAAUUCAAGAAAUGAAAUCCAUGCUGCCACGCCGGACACUACCCCAAGAGUUCAAUGACGUGAUCUAGAACCUGGAUGGCAGUAAUUUAGAAGAAAACGUAUUCCUUGUACGUUUUGAUGAGUUCCCAAUAGGAUUCAAUUUGGAGAAGAAAUAAUAUUAAAGUCGAUUUGCUGCAGCUCUUGAUAUUCAGGGUUAAUAGGGAACUUGGUUUUGCUCUUGGUUACUUGCAUGUCUUAAACAACAAGAAAAGGGCGCUUAACCACAAAG